CUACGUGCACUAUUUCGAUUUCGAUUUAGAUAUUUUAUUUAUUUAUUCAACUCCAGCACUUAUAUCAAUUCCACCAACACCACACACACACACUCACUCACUCACACACACACUCACCCACCAUGUCCGCCCCCGUCCUCAACUUCAUAACCGGCAACGCCAACAAACUCUCCGAGGUGCGCGCCAUCCUCGAACCAGCCGGCAUCUCCGUGCGCAACCAGCCCCUCGACCUGCCCGAGAUCCAGGGCUCCCUCGAGGACGUGACGCGCGAGAAGUGCCGCGCCGCCGCCGCCCAAGUCGCCGGCCCGGUGCUCGUCGAGGACACGUGCUUGUGCUUCGACGCGCUGAACGGGCUGCCGGGGCCGUACAUAAAAUGGUUCAUGCAAUCCAUCGGCCACGCAGGCCUCAACAACCUUCUCGCCGCCUACGACGACAAGUCCGCCCAGGCCGUCGCCACCUUUGGCUUCUGCCAGGGGCCCGGCCACGAAGUGCUCCUGUUCCAGGGGCGCACGCACGGCAAGAUCGUGCCUCCGAGGGGUCCUACCACGUUCGGCUGGGAUCCCAUCUUCGAGUAUGACGGACAGACCUACGCCGAGAUGGACAAGGCCGCCAAGAACAAGAUCUCGCACCGCUACAAGGCGCUCGAGAAGCUGCGCGCGUGGAUCGAGGGCGGCGGCAUGAAGGCGUAAGGAAGUAAGGGGGCGCUUAUUAGACGCGCAUGAAUGAUUAACUUAGAUCUUUGCAUAUGUAGACAUACUCACAUACUCGCGUACGAGAGAAUCCCAUACGGUGGUUCUCGGUUACC